GUAUUGGAAUGUACAUUAAAAAAAAAAAACUCGCUGGAAAAAUUACAAGAAUUUGAACCUGAAAAGUCGGAAAACAAAACAGAUGAGAGCGAUCUACUGUUGGACAAAUCCGAGGCUGCCAAUGUUGAGGUCAAGGGAGACAGCGAAGAUGUUACUCAGGUGAGCAGCCCGAGCGAAGUGCUCGACACGGAACCCUCCAUGAGCGAAACGCUCAAUGUGGAGCCGAUCUUAAACGAGACGGUGAACAUGGAACCAGUCGUAGGCGAAAAUGCCAACUUCGAAGACAGCGCGAAGGAAGAAGUGCACACUGAACCCAUAUCAGUCGAACCAGUGAACGCUGAACCAGCCAUCGACGAAGUGUUGAACGCAGAACCCAUUUCAGUCGAACCGGUAAUCGUUGAACCAACCGUCGAGAAAGUGAUGAACCCAGAACCCAUUUCAAUCGAACCGGUGAACGCUGAACCAACAAUCGACGAAGUGAUGAAGACAGAACCCAUUCUAACCGAAUCAUUGAACGUGGAACCCGCAGGAAACGAAACGGAGAAUAUCGUGCCAACCUCAGUCGAACCGGCGAACGUUGAACCAACCGUCGACGAAGUGAUGAACGCAGAACCCAUUUCAACCGAACCGGUAAACGUUGAACCAACCAUCGACGAAGUGAUGAACGCAGAACCCAUUUCAACCGAACCGGUGAACGUUGAACCAACCGUCGACGAAGUGAUGAACUCAGAACCCAUUUUAACCGAACCAGCGAACGUUGAACCAGCAGUAGGCGAAACGUUGAGACAGGAGCCAACAUUGAGCGAAGUGGAGACCAAAGAACCAACUAUCGACGAAGUGAUGAAUGCAGAACCCAUUUCAACCGAACCAGUGAACGUGGAAUCAGGAGGAAACGAAACGGAGAAUAUCGUGCCAACCUCAGUCGAACCGGUGAACCCCGAACCCAUCGUAGAAGAACCCCCCAGCGCCGAAGAAACUGCGAACUUCGCAGACAGCGUAAAGGAAGACGUGAGCCCUGAAUCAACCUCAGUCGAAUCACUGGACGUGGAAUCCACCAUAAGCGAACCAAUAAGCAGUGAUCCCUACCCAGUAGAAUCGGUGAGCAUGGAACCAACGGACAACGAAACGGUGAAGAUGGAACAAACGGACAACGAAACGGUGAGCAUGGAACCAACGGACAACGAAACGGUGAAGAUGGAACAAACGGACAACGAAACGGUGAGCAUGGAACCAACGGACAACGAAACGGUGAAGAUGGAACAAACGGACAACGAAACGGUGAGCAUGGAACCAACGGACAACGAAACGGUGAACCCCGAACCCAGCGUAGCAGAACCUCCCAGCGACAAGACUUGCAAUGUAGAAGUAGACACACAGCUGUUUACUGAUGAAGACCUUUCAUCCGUUGCGAACGUAUCCGAUAAAGCGAGUGAUGAGACACCUCCAGAACGAAGUGACUUCCCGGAUUCUAUAUUUGAAGAAAAUUUGGAUAACACCAACUCGCCUCUGAAGAUGGAAGAUGCGUUGGUUGACUCCCCAGUAAGUGACGAAGCGCAACGUGAACCGACUGAAUCGGUUAAAUCGGCUGAAGCGGCUGAAUCCGCUGAAGCGGGUUAUAGCACGCAUAGCGGAAGUGGUGACGCAACGCCAAGUGCCCCCAGCAACAGUGACGAUGCCAGCGGAAAUAAAAAUUCGGGAAUUUCUGGGAAGGAUAGAUUAUUCAAAACUUAUGACUCAGAUGUAGAACCCCCUAUUGUCCCAGAAAAGUACCCAACGGUUGGAAUUAAUGAUACCCCCCAAACGGGUUCUGAGGAAAUGUCAUCGAAAAAUAGUGUUCCUUCGUCUUCCAAAGCUCCGGAUGCGCCGAAGAUCUCCACUCAAGAUAAGCAGUCCGUUCCCGAUAAGCAAUCCGUUCCCGAUAAGCAGUCCGCCUCCCCUAAGCAGUCCGUUCCCGAUAAGCAGUCCGCUUCCCCUAAGCAGUCCGCCUCCCCUAAGCAGUCCGCUUCCGAUAGGAAGUCCGCCUCCCCUAAGCAGUCCACUUCCGAUAGGCAGUCCGCCUCCCCUAAAAAUGACGAUACUCCCAAAAUCACCAGCUCUGCCCGAAUUUUCACCACCUCUUCGAAUGGGAACAAAGGAUUUGGGUUUCGCCUAUUCGCAGAUGCCUCAGGUUCGAAUAAUAAAAAGGGACGUUCAGGUGCUCCCCUCAUUAAGUUUAGAAAAAGGGUUAACUGA